AUGGAGUCGUUAACAAGACAGCGGCUACGAUAUGGAGCAUUUGGUGCAAUAUUAAGUUUAACAGCGUAUAAACAACUAGAUAGUAAAUCAUUUACAUAUACAUCAUCAUCGUCGACAUCAUCAAAUUCAUCACCAACAUUUGCAGCAAUAGCAUUAUUCAUCAAGCAUCAUAUUAAUUCAAUAAAUCAUAUACAAUCAAUAAUAUCUAAAGAAACAUUAGGAAUUUAUAAACCACAUCUAAGUUUAAUAUUAGUUUUUUUAUUUUUUAAUUUUUGUAAAUGGGGAUUAUUUGGGAAAUUAUCAAGUAAUGAAAUUAUAAAUUUAAGAGAUAAGAUUACUUAUACUAUAUGGGAAUUUUUUAUAGGAUUUAUAUUAUUAUGUGUUAGAUUUAAUAUUGAUGAUGGAAGUAAAGAUUCUGGAAAUAUUUUAUUAUCACAAUUUAUAAAAUUUGGUGGAUUAUUUUUAGUUUUAUUAUUAUUAAAAUGUUUUAAUUAUUUGAGUUCAGAUCGUAUUCAGAAUUUAUCAAAUACUACUAUUAUAAUAAAUAGAAAUGAAGAUAUGAAAAAAUGGGCCAUAAAGUUAUCUAUUGGAUUAAUAAUUUUAAAUUUUAUUGAUGUUUUAUUAAUUUUUAAAUUUUUUUAUUCAUUAUAUUUAAAUGGUUUUUGGUCAAAUUCAAUUCCUAAUUAUUCAUCAAUUAAAGAUAAUAUUUUAAUUGCUAUAUUUGGAUAUGAAGUAUUAUCACUAUUUCCAAUGAUCACAUUAACAAGUUUAAAAUGUGGAUUAGAAUUAAAUCAAAUUUUAAAACCUUGUAUUGAAGAAAAUCAACAAGAUUGGAUAGAAUAUAAAGCAUUUAUAAUAAAUAUUGGAGAAUUUAUUGUUAAUUUAUUACAAUUUUUUUCAAUUUUAUUAUUUUCAUUAGUGUUUUUAUAUUUUUAUACAUUCCCAAUUCAUAUUUUACCAUCAAGUUAUUUAAGCUUGAAGGUGGUUGUGAAUAAAGCUAGGAAAUUUGUCAACUUUCAAAAGAAAUAUAUUGUAUUAAAUAAAAAAUUAAAAAUACCAACUUUAUUGAAUGAUGAUAAUUGUGUUAUAUGUUUAGAUGAUUUAAUGAUUGAUGAUACAACUAAGAACAUAAGGGAAAUUAAUUGUUGUCAUCAAUUUCAUUAUGAUUGUUUGAAAAAAUGGAUUAAUUAUUCUAUUUGUUGUCCAACUUGUAGAAAAGCUAUCUAA